UUUCUGUUCAGCACAAGUGUCUUUUUGGGAGCAGUAGUUACUGAAUAUAUUGUAUUUGUUAAUGAUUUUCUUAUAACCUGCCUUUUCAACGUCUACUUUAAUAUCCAGGAUGCUUUUCUCAUGGAUUGCAGUAAAACAAAGCCUUAAGGAUGUGGGUUUUCAAGCUGUGGAUGUGUUCACCACUGGCAAAAGGGAUGGAUUCAGAAGAAUAAUCCUUCUCCUCCUCAUCUGUAGCAUCUCCAGCCUCCUGCUCAGCUCCCUGCUCCUCCUGUACCUCCUUUUCGCUCUGGACUAUGAGCUAGCAGUGGCUGGGGGGAUUGCCGCCUGCUUUGGGACACUGCUGACUGUUGCCCUCUUCCUAUCAAAGAGAGUAAGGUGUUUAGGGACUCUUUUUGUUAUAUCCAUUUUCAUGAAAAAGAGUAGGAACUUGCUGUUAACUGCUGGAACCAGCUUAGUGGUUCUUAAGAACAUCCGUAACACUCUGGAGAACCUCUCGCUGCUGGUCAGGAGUAUGAUUUGCAACCUGAAGGCAAAAAAAGCCUCCAUCAUUGCUCCAUUUACUAACUAUGUUCAGAUGUUGAAGUGGAUCGGAGACAUGCUCAAAGGGGUUACAAACCUGGGAGUAGUGAGAUUUGACUCCCAGCUCAACGUCUCUCCAAGAUUGGAAUCAGAAGAAUUCAGGCAGAGGCUCGCAGGAGCAGAGCAGAAGCUCAACGAGACUGUUAAAUAUGCACAGGCCCUGAUGAAUACAGUGAGCUCAGUGACCGACAGGAUGUUUCCUGCCAUCAGCUUCCUCGUGCUCAUGAUGUUUAUAGCAUUGCACAUAAAAAAAUACUGCAGAGACAUGAAAUACAAAAACAGGUUCAUCAGCAGCAAGUUUGUUCAUUUUGACGAGAAGCAGAAGGCGGAAGGAAAAUCCCAUGUCCUUCCCCUCACGGCAGAGGAGGAGCAGCUGUACACCUUCAUUCCCUCCGCCCGUCCCACAACAAGAGAAGGGAAAGCUAUGGUGAAAUUUGGAAUUCCAGUUGUCUCCCAUUUCAUAGCUUGGGUCAUAUUCAUAACUGUGGACGCCUUGCUGUACUGUUUUGUUGACAUUGUUACAGCAAGGUUAUCAGAGCUGGAGCCAUUCCACAUCCCUUUGUUAAUGAGCAUCAAAGGGAUUGCAACUUUAAUUGGAAUGUCUCUUGGACAAGAAAAUCAUGAAAAAGACUUUUCCUACUCUGUGACUCUGUUUGAGAAGCAGUGCCUCCCCAAACCCAAGUUGUUGCUAUAUAGUUCUGUAAUUCCACUGACUGCCAUCCUGCUCACCCUGCUUGUUAUGGCUCUGAUGUCAACCAAAGUCUCCCAGCUAAGGUUGAUGGUCUGUGAACAGUUCUUCCCCUCUGCUGCUGAGGAGAGAGUGGAGUACCUCCACGGCAAAAUCCUGAGGAAGAGAUUCAAAAUGAGAAAGGAGAAAAACAACUGCAGCCUCAGGUCACUUAUUACCAAGCCAUAUUUCUGGUUUCCGCUACUGUUUCAUUCUAAAGAGGAUCCACAAAGUAUCCUGUGAGGAAAAUCUUCUCCACACAGACACUCUAGUGAUGGCGGUGCUAGUCCUGGUGCAACAUGGAUGGUCCAUGGAUCUCGCGGAGAGAAAUAUCAGCCUUAUACUUUAGUCUGUCAAUGAGAACUUCUGAACCAAAGUCUCUAUUUUUGCCUUGUGCGGUUAGACACUACAGUAUAUUGCAAACAUGUUACAUCAGGGCACCUACACCAAAGAGCACCUUCCACGUAUGUCUGACAUUCAACCGUGUUUGAUAAAACAUCAUUAUUUGGCACAAUGAGAAUGUAUUGGUAUCUUGCACCAUGGCGGUGUGGAGAUCCAACAAUAUUUAUUUAUUAUAAUAAUUAUAUUAUUAGUUUCCUUUUGUUUUUUAGAGGAGACCAUUCUACUUAAGCCCAUUCUCUGCAUAAAAAAGUAAAUCUCUGUUAUUCUUUUUUUUCCCCCCCUGUCCUGUCUGGCACUGUAGCACUUAGAAUUAUUGUCUGAAGGCCAAGAAAAAUGCCCAGCAGAUUUGUUUUCCCAAGUGGAUCAUUACGGCUUUACCAUACUGGUCCACUUGACUGAUCUUUAUUUAUUUAUUUAUUUAUUUAAAGUUUUAAGU